CUGUGUACCAGCUGCCACAAGACAGUCCCCUGUCUAUACAACAUAUCACCAUGGCUCAGAAAUAUGACCUCCCCUUCAAGCUCGAUGACCCGUCGAUUCUCCACUUCGACUCCUUCGUCAACAAUGAGUGGAAGCCGGCAAGCAGUGGGGGGAGAUUCGAGGUUAUAGACCCCGCAACCACAACCCCUUGGACCAGCAUCCCCACCAACACGGCAACCGACAUCUCCAGCUACACGCACUCCGCCUCCACAGCAUUCAGCACCUUCCGCACCACCACCGCGCGCCACCGCGCCCAGCUCCUCCAAAACUGGGACACGCAGAUCCGCACCCACCGAACAGACCUGGCGCGGAUCCUCGUCCACGAAACCGGCAAACCGCUCGCCGAAGCCCUCGGGGAAAUCGACUACGCCCUGACCUUCACAUGGUGGUUCGUCGGCGAGCCCGAGCGCAUUUCCGGGAGUAUCACGCCCGCCGCGAUCCCCGGCCGCCGGAUCCUGACCGUCAAGCAGCCGAUCGGCGUGGUCGCCGCGCUGGUCCCCUGGAACUUCCCGGUGGCGAUGGUCGUCCGGAAAGCGGCGGCGGCGUUCGCGGCGGGGUGUACCAUGAUCGUGAAGCCGUCGCCGGAGACGCCGGUCAGUGCGCUGGUGCUGGGGGAGCUGGCCAAGCGAGCGGGGUUCCCGGCCGGCGUGUUGAAUGUCAUCACCACGGAUCUGGAGAAUACCCCCGCCGUCAGCGAGGCGCUGUGUCGCGAUCCGGCCGUCCGGAAGGUCACGUUCACCGGGUCGACGCGCGUCGGGAAGCUGGUGGCGGGGUACUGUGCGCCCGGGCUGAAGAAGAUGACGCUGGAGCUGGGCGGCAACUGUCCGUUCCUGGUCUUCGAUGAUGCCGACCUCAACCAGGCGCUGGAGAUGCUCAUGGCGCUCAAGUGGCGGCACGCCGGCCAGGCGUGCAUCACUGCGAACCGGGUGUAUGUGCAGUCCGGGGUGUAUGACAAGUUCGUGGGGAUGCUGAAGGAGCGCACCGAGAGGCAGAUCAGGGUGGGGAAUGGGUGGGAGGACGGGGUCACGAUGGGUGCGCUGACCACGCCCCAAGGAGUCGAAAAGGCGCUGCAGCAGGUGCAGGAUGCCACGGCCAAGGGGGCGACGGUCGUGCUCGGCGGGGACAAAGUACCUGGCACGGGGUACUUCUUUCAGCCCACCAUCCUGAGGGAUAUGACGGCCGACAUGCGCGUGUCGAGCGAGGAGUCGUUCGCGCCGAUUGCCGCGCUGUAUCGCUUCGAGACUGAGGAGGAGGCCGUCGCGCGCGCGAAUGAUACCGCUAUGGGGCUGGCGAGUUACGCUUUCACUAAGAAUGCGGAUCGCUUGUGGCGGUUGUUUGAGAAUCUGGAGGCGGGCAUGAUUGGGUUGAAUACCGGGUCGUCGUCGGCGGCGGAGGCACCGUUCGGUGGGGUUAAGGAGUCGGGGUAUGGGAAGGAGAGUGGCAAGGAGGUCGCGGUGAAUGAGUAUUUGGUCACCAAGACGGGGACCUUGACGGUUGAUGGGCAUUACUAGUGUUUGGGGGUGGAUGUUGGGCACUGGUGAUGAAGAUGGUUGUGAGGAAUGGAUUUAAUGUUGUAGGCCCACAUAGUCCGUCUGAGUGUCGGAUAUACUUGCUACUGCUUUUCGGCAGAGCAAGCCUGAACAUCGAAAAUUGUGCACCACUUGGUGUAUUGAUCAUUAAUUGCUUCGCGGAUAUCUGACCGCCCAGACUCGCAUGUUGUUUCCCCUUCCUGUCAACAAUGCGACGUGCCAGGUCCAUCGCACACGCCCGCUGCUACGCCUAUUCCCUGACGGGUCGUAAAUCACCCCAAGAUGCUACAGAAUCAUCGUCUUCGACACUUGGAAAG